GUCACACUUUCCUCCUCCUUUCCUUCCUGCUCAGUCACCAAGUGUGAAUUCUUCUUCCCUAUAUAUAUAUACACAUAAUCUCACUCCAAAGUCAUCAUCCUUCAACUCAAUAAUUCCUUCAAUUUUUCCUUAUAGACUUAUCCUUUCACUACUCAAUCAAGGGUUUAUUGAUGUGCGGUGGUUCGAAGAGUAAUCUCUACCCCUUCAAUAUGGACACGAAUUCAGGAUUUGGAAGUGAAAUUCAGCAAAAAAGCUGCUCAAAACUGCUUGAAUUAGCCGCCAUGGAUGAUUUAGCUGGUUUGAUUCAUGAAAUUGAGGAAAAAAGUGUUGAUGUAAACGAGAGCAGGUUUUGGUAUGGAAGAAGCUUCGGCUCGAAGAAGAUGGGGUUUGAGGAGAGAACUCCGAUCAUGAUUGCUUCACUCUAUGGAAGCACGGAGAUUCUCAGCUAUCUAAUUGAGAAUUGCAAAGCCGAUGUUAACAAAGCCUGCGGCUCCGACGGCGCCACCGCGCUCCACUGCGCCGCCGCGGGCGGCGCCUGGUCCUCCGUCGAGAUCGUGGAGCUCCUGAUCUCCGCCUCCGCUGACAUCAACGCUGUUGAUGCGAUCGGGAGAAGAGCCGGCGAAUUGAUCGCUCCGUGUGUGAAAUCCUCGAUCGGAUCGAGGAGGAGGCGGCUGGAGACUCUGCUGAACGGAUUCGCCGCGGAGGAGGAGCGGAUCUGUGAAGAGGCGCCGGAGAAGAAGGAAUAUCCGAUCGAUGUGCCGUUGCCGGAUAUAAACAACGGCGUGUACGGCAGCGAUGAAUUCAGGAUGUACAGUUUCAAGGUGAAGCCGUGCUCGAGGGCUUACUCGCACGACUGGACCGAGUGCCCCUUCGUCCACCCGGGCGAGAACGCGCGCCGCCGCGACCCGAGGAAGCACGCCUACACGUGCGUGCCAUGCCCCGACUUCAAGAAGGGCGCGUGCGGGAAGGGCGACGCCUGCGAGUACGCGCACGGGGUGUUCGAGUCGUGGCUGCACCCCGCGCAGUACCGGACCCGCCUCUGCAAGGACGAGACCGGCUGCGCGAGGAAGGUCUGCUUCUUCGCGCACCGGACGGACGAGCUCCGCCCGCUGUACGCGUCGACGGGCUCGGCCAUGCCCUCGCCGAAGUCCUUCUCUGCGGCGUCGUUGGAUGUGGCGGCGGCGAUCAGCCCGCUGUCGCUCGGGUCGCCAGCACUGACGCCGCCGUCGUCCCCGAUGUGGCAGAGCAAGGGGAGCCUCACGGCUCCUCUCGCUCUGCAACUCCCCAGCAGCCGGCUCAGAACCUCGUCAGCUGCUGGGGAUUUGAACCCUACGAAUCUGGAUGAUCUAUUCCAGAUUCACUUACAAGGAAUGUCUCCGUCGCCGAAAGUUAACGGCUUCGGCCAUCUGCGCGCGAGCUACCCUUCGAACAACGCAGGAGCCGCCGCAUACGGGUUCGAGUCGGCGGCCGCCGCCGUGAUGAAUUCAAGGUCGAGCGCGUUCUCGAAGCGGAGCCAGAGUUUCGGGUUCCGCCAAUCGAACUCGAGCGGAGUGACGCCACCGCCUCCAUCGAAGUUAUCGAAAUGGGGGUCGGGCGCUGGGAAUGUAGACUGGGGGUUCAACGGCGAGGACGCAAGCAAGCUGAGGAAGUCGGCUUCUUUCGGGAUUCGCAGCGCGGGAGCAGCGAAUCCAAGCCUGGAGGAGCCGGAGUGGGUGAACGCGCUGGUGAGGGAUGUACCUCAGCGGCGCGGUGGGCUCGAGCCGAUGCCCCAUUGGAUUGAUCAGAUGUAUGUGGAGCAGGAGCAGAUGGUGGCUUGAGCCUUGAGUUGUGUGUGUGAGUGAGAUUCAAGUGACAUUCUUUGGGAAUCUUAUUAUUGUUAGAUUGUGUAGAGUGAAAGGUAGUAUAACAUAACGUCACAAUAUGUUGAUCUUGAUUAUAUGUUGAUCAAGAUUUAGUUGGAAAGGAUUAGGAUUGAGAUAUCUGUAUUUUUUAAUUUAUUCCACACAAGUGUUCUUCACUUGUCUUAUGUAAUUUCUUGAUAUCCAUGAGAUAAUUAAUGAAAGGAAGCCAAGAAAUUUCAUUUCUAA